AUGAAGACGCCUAUUAUUCUACUCGUUUUAUUACUAUUAACGAGUAUAUCUUUGAUCGAUGGAAUGGCGUUUGACAAUUUUCACUGUAAAGCAGCAACAUGUCAAGAAUUCUAUCAUGGUUUAAAGCACUCUUCUCAUUAUCAAGACUAUAUUAAUACAUGUUAUGAAACUGUAAAUAUAUUACUACAGAUUCCAAAACGAUAUGGUAAAUGUGUUGAUGAUUCAACAAUGAGAAUGAAUCCAAAUUGUAUUCGUGCAUUAGCAAAAACAAUAAAGAAAUGUAUAAGUCAAUUAAGUGAUCUUCCAGAAAACACUGCUCGAUUUUAUUGUGGUUAUACACUUAUGAAACAUUGUGCUGUUAAUGUUGGACUUGAACGAUUUCGAUUGAAUUUUCAAUCUCGUACACCAACUGAUGAUUGA